AACAACAUCAAAUUGCUGUUAUUCGCUAAACCAAACGAGCAUCUAUCGACAAGUAUUGAAAUAUUGUAUAUGGUUUUUUUUGUGUUUAAAACCGCAGGCUCAAUCUUAAAAAAAUAUCUCAUCCCACCUAACUUUGAUAUUGGUUACUUGUCAUCUUUAAUUAGCUCGGGUCUAAUUGUGUUCCAACGACAAGUGUUUUCGAUUUUUAUUGAGUAAGAAGAUAAGAAAACCAUAAUAUCCCAUUUGAAUGAAAUGGGUAAAGAUUAUUAUAAUAUUUUACAAAUCAAUCGUGGAGCUUCAGAAGAUGAGAUUAAAAAAGCGUAUCGCAAAUUAGCGCUUAAAUAUCAUCCGGAUAAGAAUAAAUCACCGGAAGCAGAAGAGAAAUUCAAAUUGAUUGCCGAAGCAUAUGAAGUGUUAUCAGAUAAGAAAAAACGUGACAUUUAUGAUCAAUUCGGCGAAGAAGGCCUUCGUAAUGAUGGCGGUAUGAGCUCAAGUGGUUUUAAUUCGAAUGGAAAUGCAGCUAAUUUCACCUAUACGUUUCAUGGUGAUCCACGAGCAACAUUUGCUCAAUUUUUUGGAACAGAUAAUCCAUUCGAUUUGUUCUUCAAUUUCGGUGGUCUUGGUGGAAAUAGUCAUUCAGUUCAUCAUCACCAUCAUCAUCAUCCAACUUCCUUCCUAGGUCCAGGAUUUUCUUUUUUCAAUGGAUUCGAAGAUAUGGACGAUCCAUUUUUUUCGUUCGGUGGACCUGGUCGUAGUUCGAAUGCAUUUCGUUCCCAAUCUUUUACACAUGGUUCACCGGGUAACGAAAGAAAACAGCCUCGUAAACAGGAUCCCCCUAUCGAACAUGAUCUGUAUCUAUCAUUAGAAGAGAUACUAAAUGGUUGCGUUAAAAAGAUGAAAAUCAGUCGUAAAGUUUUGCAACCGGAUGGUAAAACAUACAAAAAAGAGGACAAAGUAUUAACCAUCAAUGUGAUGCCUGGCUGGAAAGCAGGUACGAAGGUCACUUUUCAACGUGAAGGUGAUCACACGUCGUCAUCAAUUCCAGCCGAUAUUGUCUUUAUCAUUCGCGAUAAGCCUCAUACUCAUUUCAAGCGUGAUGGUUCAAAUAUCAUCUAUACAGCUAAAGUCUAUCUACGUGAUGCAUUAUGUGGGUGUAAGAUUAAAGUUCCAACACUUUCUGGUGGUACAAUUCCCAUACAGAUGAAAGAUGUGAUCAAACCAACUACACAGAAGCGAAUACCAGGUGAAGGUCUGCCAUUUCAAAAAGAUACAAGCAAACGUGGUGAUUUGAUUGUUAAUUUUGACAUAAAAUUUCCCGAUCAUCUGAAUGAACCUACUAGACAGAUACUUUAUGAUUGCUUACCAGUGAAAAGCUAAAAUAAGCAAAAGGUUUAUUCAUAAAGUGGCCUUUUGAUUAUCUUAUUCAUCAUCAUCAUUAUCAUCAUCAUUAUUAUCAUCACCAUCAUUUUCAGCCUUAUCAUUGUACACCCAGUUUUUUUUGUGUAUCUAAUUUUAUCUAUUUUGCCAUUAACAUCUAAUACAUCUUAUUCGAAAUAGGCGAAUAAAGAUUUCAAAAUUUGUCAUCAUUGAAUUUCGAAAUCUAAAAACACCUUUCUAAACGCCUAUUUAAUUAUUUCAAUCUUAUAAUCAUCCAAUUAUCCCAUAAGUACUUUUAUUGUUUUUGUUGC